AUGGCCGAGACAGAAGAUGUGCUCGGUGAUUUGCCGGAAAGUGCUAAGACGUCCGAGAUUGUGUCAGAGGCACGAAUGCAAAUCAAAGCAAUUGAUGGACAUGAGGGAGCGUUGAUUGAAAAAGGCAAAUACCAAGGUCGCGUGAUGGGCCUGUUCACCAGUGGCGGCGAUGCGCCUGGAAUGAACAGUGCGGUACGAGCAGUGGUACGAAUGGGGCUGUACCUUGGCUGCAAGGUGUACUGUAUUCACGAAGGCUAUCAGGGUAUGGUGGAUGGUGGACGAUUUAUUCGUGAAGCGAGCUGGGAAACAGUCUCAGAUAUCAUCCAGAAAGGUGGCACUGUGAUUGGAUCGGCACGAUGCAAGGCUUUUAUGCAGCGAGAGGGACGCCUAAAAGCAGCCGCAAAUCUGAUACAGCACGGAAUCUCGGCGCUGGUCUGUAUCGGUGGCGACGGAUCACUAACCGGUGCCAAUACGUUUCGGAACGAGUGGCCCAGUUUAAUCGAGGAAUUGCUACAGAAAAAGUUGAUCACCGAGGAACAGGCUGGAAAAUGUAAAUCGAUCCAAAUCGUCGGGAUUGUGGGUUCCAUCGAUAACGAUUUUUGCGGCACCGAUAUGACCAUUGGAACGGAUACCGCUUUGCAUCGAAUCACCGAAGCCGUUGAUUCGGUCCGAUCGACGGCGCACAGUCAUCAACGAUCAUUUGUGAUUGAGGUACUUUUUCACGGAACUUUUUAUUUUUUUUAA